UUUUGACGGACCAACAUGGCGGCAAAAUAAAACGCAAAACAAAUGCGUGCGAAAUGGAAAGUGGUCUAUUAACCGGUAAUAAUUAAAUUUAGUGUUUUACUGCGUGGAGUUUCACGAUGGACAGGCACUGGAAAUCCGUGUAGUCAGCUAGCUUGCUUAAAAGUGGCAAUGUGGGGAGAAAUAGACCCUCCAGUUAAAACUGAAUCGAGUUUACAGGAUAUUAAAGACAAGAGUAAAACCCCAAAAGAAGGAGAGAAAUGUUCCCAAACAACAGACACAGCGCAGCCACCGCAGGAAACCCAGUGCUUUAGCCAGGAAGAGUCUUCCUGUAUAAAUGCCAUGAUAGAGGCCAUAGCCAAGAGUGGGAGUCCAGUGAAGAGCCAGCAGAUAGGAGAGGCUGAGCUCACCCUGAAGGAGCGCAGAGAGGAGCUGCUGAAACAGUACAGGAGCAAACCUCUGGUGUUCAUGGAGAGGUACCAUGCCUUCCUAAAGCCCCAAGACCUCUCAGCGUUCACCCACGUCAGCUCAGAUCCCCGGGCCCAGCACUACAGCAAAGUGAUCCAGAGAAGAGCGGCAGGUUGUACCAACAGGACCAGGGUCAGAAACCAGCGCUAUGCUGCUCUCAGAGCCCUGCAAAGGGAGGGUCAGUAUUUCAGUGAAGAGCAGAUGCGGAUGAGGGAGCCCCUGCUGUAUGAACAAUAUAUCGGCCAGUACCUGACUGAUGAAGAGGUACUGGAGCGCUCCCAGGAGGCCAUGCAGGAUGAUGCACAGGGAGCACCAGCAGGGGGCACAGGAGGGCUCGCACACCUCCUCCUCAACUCCUACCAGGAGCGCCUCAUCCAGAACCGUCUUCAGGAAGAGCAGGAGAGAGAGGAGGGGGCCCAGGAGGAGGAGGAGGAUGAAGAAGAUGAGGAGGAUUCUCCCCAGCAGAAAGGAUGGGAGCCAAACCCAGAGGAGAAGGCUCUGCUAAGGGAGGAGUUCAUCAGCCAGAUGCACCAACGCUUCCUGGACGGCAAAGACAAGGAUUUCAACUACAGUGAGGUGGAUGAGAACCCAGACUACGACAACUUGGACAUUGUCAGCAGAGAUGCAGAAGAUAAAUACUUUGAUGAAGAUGAUGAAGAAGAAGAAGAGGAGGUGGAAGACAUGGAGGAGCAAAACAUGACAGGAUAACCUAGAUUCCAGCUGCUGUAAUGGAACUGUAAAUAUAAAUGUGUGAAUUAAGAGUGUUUGUGUUAAGUUUUGUUACACUUUAACACAAACAGUUAAAAAUAAAUGUUUUGUUUUUAUGUUU